AUGAAGAUCGCCAGAAUUUCAAUUGUAGCUACAAUUUUGAGUGGUUCAAUAUAUUUCAAGGCUCAUGGAAUAGAAUUCAAGACAAUUCAUCGAUGGGAAUGGGAUUCGACGGACGAAAUAGCGGCAACGGUUCAGGCAGAGUUACCCACUUGGGGCCAGCAACGGUGGGCCGCUACGCUACACUACGCUAUUUGGCCACUACAUUGUUAG